ACACACACAUAUGCAUCAUUAAAACCCGAAGGCACACAGAACCAACUCUUUUCUGCUGUUCCCCAUACAAAUACACUCUUCGAGAGCUGAAGAUUUGACUCAGUCAGUCAGUCAGUUUCUCUUUACUAAUAGACUUUACAGCAACAUAUGCACACAAACUCACAAAUACUAGUAAUUAAAGGCCGAAGACGCAAAGAAAUCAAAGCUCAGCUCUUCCACACACUCUUCCACACUCCUGUGGAGUGUUAGAAGGUUUACUAUAGGAUGGCUGCUUCAAUGCUUCUCCUCAUGGCUGUUUCUCUCAUCUUGAGUCUCAGCUCAGCAAAUGCAGAAUCAACCGUGUAUAACCUCUUAACGUCGCCAGACUGUCUGCCGGAUCUCCUGCACGGCGGUUUGGCAGAGCAGGGAGUAACAGAACUUUUCAUUCUCACAACCUUCCGUCUUCAGCCUAGAACCGGAACCACUGUAUUCAGCCUGUACAACCCUCGAGACAACAGCAAAUACUUUGAGUUUACUGUGAUGGGAAAACUCAACAAAGCUACCUUGCGAUACCUUCGCCAAGAUGGUAGGAUGAGUACUGUUACCUUGAACAAUCUGAAACUGGCCGAUGGUGAGAAGCAUCGCUUGCUCUUUCAUCUUAAGGGACUGGAAGUGGGCCGGCCGGGGGCGUUCCCAAACACUCAGGGGAUGUUACCUGUGCCCGGGGUGGAGUUACACCUGGACUGCAGGCUGGUAGAAACGCUGCGAGAUUUACCGGCAGUGUUUAAUGGCAUAAACAAUCACCAGGGUGUGGAGCUCAGAACUAUGCAGGGGAAAGCACAAGAGGAAUUAGAGGAGCUCAAACUGGCAUAUGGUGAUUCAGUGGAAAAUGUUGCCUUGCUGCAGGACUGCCACACCCAUCAGAGUGACUCCGUACAGACUUUAGGUCUUAAUACGAAACAGCUUACAACUCAGAUGCUGGAGUUAACGAAGGUCAUUAACGAGCUGAAAGAUGUUCUUAUUCAGCAGGUGAAGGAAACAUCUUUCUUAAGAAACACCAUCUCAGAGUGCCAGGCAUGUGGGCUGGGCGGAACGGAGGUGGUGAAACCAAAGUGCACUCCUGGAACAUGUUUCCGUGACGAUAUGUGCAUAGAAACCGCAGAGGGUGUGGAAUGCGGUCCAUGCCCUGAUGGAUACACUGGAGAUGGCUAUAGCUGUGAUGAUGUUGAUGAGUGUCAGUUUAACCCCUGUUUUCCUGGCGUGAGGUGUGUGAACAUGGCACCAGGGUUCCGCUGUGAGGCAUGUCCUCUUGGAUUCACUGGUAAACCAGUGGAGGGUGUGGGCGUGGCCUUUGCACAAACACAUAAACAGGUGUGUGAUGAUAUAGAUGAGUGUAAAGGACCAGAUAAUGGAGGCUGCACGCCCAACUCCAUCUGUGUGAACUCUGUGGGAUCAUAUCAGUGUGGCAGAUGUAAGACCGGAUUUACAGGUGACCAGAUCAGAGGCUGUAAACCAGAGAAAAGCUGUGGAAACCGCCUGCAGAACCCUUGCGAUCCCAACGCACAGUGCAAAGAGGAGAGAGAUGGCACCAUCACUUGUCAGUGUGGCAUUGGAUGGGCUGGAAAUGGUUAUCUCUGUGGAAAAGACACAGACAUUGAUGGCUACCCUGAUGAGAAGUUGCGCUGCAGAGACCCCACCUGCAGAAAGGAUAACUGUGUUACUGUUCCCAACUCCGGACAAGAAGACGCAGACGGCGAUGGGAAAGGUGAUGCAUGUGACCCAGAUGCAGAUGGAGAUGGAAUACUGAAUGAGCAGGAUAACUGCUGGUUGACGCCAAACGUAGAUCAGCAGAACAUUGAUAAGGACAGUCAUGGUGAUGCUUGUGACAACUGUGUCAGAGUAGAUAACCCUGACCAGAGAGACACAGAUUCCGAUGGCCUCGGAGAUGCUUGCGACGAUGACAUGGAUGGAGAUGGGUUGAAGAACUUCCUGGAUAACUGCCAGCGAGUAAAGAAUCGUGAUCAGCUGGAUCGUGACGGGGACGGGGUGGGAGAUGCAUGUGAUAGCUGUCCUGACAUCCCAAAUCCAAACCAGUCUGACAUUGACAACGACCUCGUUGGAGACUCUUGUGACACAAAUCAAGACAGUGAUGGUGAUGGUCACCAAGACAGCAAGGACAAUUGCCCACUGGUAAUUAACAGCUCCCAGCUGGAUACAGAUAAAGAUGGACUUGGAGAUGAGUGUGACGAUGAUGAUGAUAAUGACGGUAUUCCCGACACACUGCCUCCCGGACCUGAUAACUGUCGGUUGGUACCCAACCCUGACCAGAUAGAUGACAACAAUGAUGGAGUGGGUGAUGUGUGCGAAUCAGACUUUGACCAGGACAAGGUGAUCGACAGGAUUGAUAACUGCCCAGAAAAUGCAGAGAUCACACUGACAGACUUCAGAGCCUAUCAGACAGUCGUCCUGGACCCUGAAGGUGAUGCUCAGAUUGACCCAAACUGGGUGGUUCUGAACCAGGGAAUGGAGAUUGUCCAGACUAUGAACAGUGACCCAGGCCUUGCUGUUGGCUACACUGCAUUCAGCGGUGUUGACUUUGAGGGUACGUUCCAUGUAAACACAGUGACUGAUGAUGACUAUGCCGGCUUCAUCUUUGGAUACCAGGACUCCUUCAGUUUCUACGUGGUAAUGUGGAAGCAAACGGAGCAGACAUAUUGGCAGGCAACGCCAUUCAGAGCCGUGGCAGAACCUGGCAUUCAGCUUAAGGCAGUGAAGUCGAAGUCUGGCCCAGGUGAACAUUUGAGAAACUCUCUCUGGCACACAGGUGACACCAAUGAUCAGGUGCGCCUCCUGUGGAAGGAUCCACGGAAUGUUGGCUGGAAAGACAAGGUAUCAUACCGCUGGUAUCUGCAGCACCGCCCACAGGUUGGAUACAUCAGGGUGCGUUUCUAUGAAGGCUCAGAGCUGGUGGCAGACUCAGGGGUGACAAUUGAUACCACAAUGAGAGGUGGACGAUUGGGUGUGUUCUGCUUCUCUCAGGAGAAUAUCAUCUGGUCCAACCUGAAGUACCGCUGCAAUGACACCAUCCCAGAGGAUUUCCAAGAGUUCACUGCACAACACAACAUGGACCCCUUGUAAAUAACUCCCAAAAUGCUAUACACACCUGAGUGCGUGUGAGAGUAUACCCUCACAUCAUUAUGCACACUCUUGUGUGUGUCUCUGAAUGUCUGUACACAAUGUGUGUGUGUGUGCAUAAUUGGGAUGUGUAUACACAAUGUGUAUGCCUUUAAAAAAAAAUCCACUUUUUACUUAGUACUGGAUUAUUUCUUCUAGUGGUUAAAAGAAACUUCUUCAGCAAAUCAAUUAAAUCAAAUAAUGUUUUAGAUAAGAUAUUGACAUUAUCUCCUGUUAUCUGUUGUUAUAAUUUGCCUAGAAUGAAACUAGAGUUGCAUCAAACCCAUUGUAAAGACAACAUUUACAAGAAGAAUGAAACUUGAUGAAGAUAAAACAAAAUGACUUAAACCUUCAGCCUCACAUUAUGUUUUGCACCAAUAAAAUAAUCAGUUCAAGACAUGUGAAGACAUUUUCCGCCAAUCUGUUCAAA